AUGGAGGUCUUGUGCACAAGCGGGCGGCUGGCGCGGAGGUGCAAAUGUCCUGACCAGUUCGUGGGCGAGUACUGCCAGCACCUGAACCCGUGCCGCAACGGACCGGGUCCGCGCUGCCAGAACGGCGGCACGUGCAACGUGAUCCUGGAUGUGUCGGGGCCGCGCUUCAACUGCGAGUGCCCCGUCGGCUACAAGGCCUCCCUAUGCGAGAUCGCCGUCGAGAACGCGUGCGACUCUGACCCCUGCAUGAACGGCGCCACGUGCCAGCUCCUGACGCUCGACACCUACGUGUGCCAGUGCCCCUCCGGCUACCGCGGCGACCAGUGCGAGCUGGUGGACCACUGCGCCUCCAAGCCGUGCCGCAACGGUGCCACGUGCCACUCCCCGGGAAACACGUACGUCUGCACGUGCCCGCAGGGCUUUACCGGACUCACGUGCACAACGGACGUGAACGAAUGCAGGGACCGCCCAUGUCGCCACGGCACCUGCACCAACACCUUCGGAUCAUACACAGGUGUUGCAUAUGCAUCAUGGGCCAUCCUGCGAUGCUUAAUGGCGUUCCUGAGUCAGCAGGCACCCACCUGCAACGCCACUGCUGCCAGUACCACCUACAUCACUGACAGUGUCCGUAGUUCAGUGUGCCCUGACACAUCCCACACAAAGACGACCCUACAGAAAGAGAGAGAAAGUCAUACCGCCGAAAAUCAGUUGUCCUUUUCCCCUCGUUCCUCAUAG